GACGGCACUCGUCACACAAUAGGGUUCACCCUGCUAUAAAAUGUGGGAUGCGAGCAUGCGGCAGUCUUACCCCAUCCCUCUCUCCCUCCCACUCUCUCUCUUUUACUCUCUCCUUCCCUCUCGCUCAUAAGGAUCCCUCAGCGAGCAUGAGAAGACACAUCUGAGUGGACAUUGACAGCGGACUCCUGGACACUGAUGACCUGCAGAGGACGACUCUGCAACUGAGAUUUCUGCUCAUUUCUACACACAUACAGCUCUACACGGCACCAUGACCAGGAAGGUGUUCACCAACACGAGGGAGCGCUGGCGCCAGCACAACGUCAACACUGCCUUCGCCGAGCUCCGCAAGCUCAUCCCCACUCAUCCUCCGGAGAAGAAGCUGAGCAAGAACGAGAUCCUGCGUCUGGCCAUGCGCUACAUCACCUUCCUGGUGCAGCUUCUGGAGAGCCAGACCGGUCAGCCGGCCAGCCACUCCCCCACCGCUCUGCUCACCUUUCUCAGAGGAAACAUGGAGCAACUGCACUCCCCUCCACACGGCUGGGCCCUGACCAGUGACACAGAAGUCCCGUCACCUGGAUCCAGCUGCGACAGCUCCGAGGCCUGGUAGAACCACACACAAAAAAAAGAGACUCUUGAGUGGACCUUCUGACCCUUUUGCUGGGUUUAAAAAAAAAAACUGAUUUAGUCCUUCCUCAAGACUUAUUUUCUUUCUGCAUUUGUCACCCGUGUGUGACUCGUGUUUCAAUGCAGAAGAUGCAAUAUUGUGUGAUAUUUGUGGACCCCAAACGUGGCUGACAACCUGGGCGCAGCCUCCCGAUCAGUGUUGAAAUAUGAUUUGCGGGUGAAAAUUAAUUUGUAUUCUGCAUGGAAUGGAUGUGUAAAAACCUGGAUGUACAAUACUCCCUUCAUGUCUUCAUGUUAAUAUUCCUUGUUGCCGGCCAGCCUGGAACUAAUUGGGUUUUGCAAUGACAGGGUGUUUUGCCGAUGAGGAAAAUGGAUGGGGAUUAAGGAAUUUCUCAUUUCAAGCAAUAGAUUCAGCAUUUGAAUAGAUAAUGGCUCAGCCAAUUCUCCAGACUGCAAUUGUCUCAAAAUAGCCAAGGGCCGCUUUUUUUUCUUUUCUUAAAUCGACAUGUUGUUGUUGUUUUUUUCAUGAGAAGACUAAAUCUGACCUUUAUAUUUAUUAACCAAGAUUAUCUGACUUCAGAAGAAUCCGUUCUGUGAAAGACUUUUGCCGUUUCUCACCCGUUUUUACACAACGAUGUUCAGUAUUGGGUGAUUCUUAGGAUUGGGUUGAGGAAUUUCGGCAAAAACUGACAAUCCUCUUUCAGUAAUCACACGCUUCACCACACACAUAUCUUCUCAUUUAAACGUGUUUUGAGUUUUUGUAAAAUACGCAUGUCAUAUAGCCAAAGAUUAUGAAUUGAUUGUCUGCUGUGAAGAGUGUGCUAAUUAUCUUCUGAUACCUCCUUUGUAAGUUAUUUUGGUGUGCUUGUGAAUAUACAGUAUGUUAUUUAUUUGAACUAUUUAUUUAAUAAAUGAUUUGAUAAUAGAACACUUUCUCAAGCCUGUUUUGAACUGUAGUGUGUUCACACUGAAAAAAUGACAAAAGUAUGUGUACUCAAAACAGUCAGUAUGUGUUGAAGGACAUGAUUGUCCCAC